CGAAAGUGAUCUAGGCAUUUUUGUAAAUGUCAAAAUGUAAAAGGCAGAAGAAGCUAAACGUGUACAAAUAACAUGGCCAUGACGUAAUAAACGUCAAAAACAUUAAGUACGUAAACAAAAAGUGACAUGUAAACUGAUAUGGAAAAGACAAAGAAUCAUAGAUAAAUCAAAAUGUAACAUAUUUACCUGACUAAUUUUAAAAUAAGGAAAAAGUUUGUGUUAUAUAAAUUAGAUAUCGAAUAAGUUUACAUUCUUCACAAUGCCACAAAGAGAUCAGUAUCCCCCAUGGGUGGGGCUUGUUUAUAUCUUUAACUUAAUCGUUGGAACAGGUGCAUUAACUCUACCGGCUGCUUUUGCCGGAGCUGGCUGGUUGUUUAGUACCUUCCUUUUAAUAUUCCUGGCUUUUGUAAGUUUUGUAACUGUUACGUUUGUAAUCGAGAGUAUGGCAUGCGCAAAUGCCACUAUCCAGUGGAGAAGGAUACAGUCUCACAAAAUCGAUGAGAGUGAAGUUCCCUUAGAUACAGACUCAGAAACUGACAAUACUUCCGAGGAGACGGCCAUCCUUAGGGUUAAUAGAAGAUAUCGGUAUUAUAACGUCAAUACAAAGGUAGAAUUAGGAGAAAUAGCGGCUUUAUAUUUAAAUAAAUUUGGACAUAUGUUGUUUUUUGUGUCUCUCUGUGUUUACUUAUUUGGUGAUCUAGCCAUAUACACGGCAGCUUCCGGGAAAACUUUGGUUAAUCUUAGUUGUAAGAAUGACAGUGAUACCGAGGAUUUUAAUUUGAAGUGUUGGAAGUCUUACGACUUAACAAAAAUGGACGUGUAUAGAAUAUUCGUUACUAUUUUCGCGUUACUGGUAGGUCCUUUUACUUAUUUUAAUGUUCAAAAAACUAAAUAUUUACAAUUUUUCACGAUAAGUAUAAGAUGGUUCGCCUUUUUGGUUAUGGUUACUCUAGCCUCUAUUAGAUUGAUUACAUACGGACAACAAGGUUACCCUAAUAUGAUAAAUCUGCGAGAAGUACCUGCCUUAGCCGGUUCCAGCGUUUACAGUUUUAUGUGCCACCACUCGUUGCCAGGUUUAAUAGCUCCUAUUUCCGAUAAGCAACAAAUUACGAAAAAAGUCAGUUUCGAUUUCUUCCUGAUCUGUUCGUUUUAUUUGUUGCUGUGCGUGACGGGAUCGUUCGCGUUUGAAAAACUAGACGUGUUAUAUUCCCUUAAUUUCAUUUAUACGGACGAUUCCAGUUUAUUAAUGAAGAUAAUCGGGUUCUUCCUAGCGGCGUUUCCUUUGUUUCCGAUGUCGACGAGUUUCCCGAUAAUAGCGAUAACGCUGCAGAGUAACUUGAAGAAUUUUAUGUUGGAUCAGACGAUAGACCGACGGAACUUUUUCGUUAAUCGUCUGGUUUUUCCGACACUCGCCGUCGUUCCUCCGGUCGUUGUAGCCCUGUGCACGCACAACCUUAAACGAUUGGUGGAAAUAACCGGCACUUAUGCCGGUGUAAUAGUACAAUACGUCGUACCUGCGAUUCUGGUGCUUUACGCGAGGCGGCAUUGCAUAAAAGACUUCGGAUCUAGUAAUCACAGGUACGCCAGCCCUUUUAAACACUUCUCCUGGUUUUUGUUUAUAAUUGUAUGGUCCAUAAUUUGCAUCAUAUUCGUCACCGUGGAUUUUAUUAUAAACGGAGUAUAAAUUUUAAUUAACAAAAUUUACUAUAAUUUAAUUGAUGUAGUGUUUGCGUCCGAUGAGUAACAGCAUUUCUAUUACUGAAGAGUGACGAUGUUUCUAUUAUUGGCAUACUUCUCUUACCACUAUUACAUUCAAAUUAUUGUCUUGUGUUCUAUACGGAAUGAUCAUUUUUGGGAAGUCUUCUCUUCGUUGUUACCAAAGUUGAAACCAAAGUUUAUUAGACACACUGUGUUCGUUUUAUUAAAAUAAAAUUGCUCUCUACCGUCAAGCUAAACGAUAGAUAAGCGAUAUUAAUUAUUUUUCAAGGUUUCCGUAACUUUAUUUGAAAUAUAAUAGUUAAAUUUAAGCCCCAUUUUCGUAGUGGGAAUACUGAGAAUAAAGUUUACAGCCUUUACUAUCAAACCCGGCCUAUAUGUAUUAUGACCAAUAUGUUUACAGUGACGAUAGUCCUUGUAUUAAAUUUUUAUUACGUAAAGUGGCACAAACGGUUGAAAAUUGAACAUUCUUAUACAUUUUGUUAACAGUGCACCUUAAAAUUAUGCCAUUAUUUCAGGAUAGUUAGUUAUUCAAUUAUACGGUGUAAAUAAUAACAUGUAAAUCAGUAUUUUUCACAUCUGAAUAAAUAUUUUCUUAAUUA